AUGGACCUCUCUGUCUCCGGCAUGCGGAUGGUGGUGGGCGACCGGCUUUACCACAGUCCUGGAGACCCUAAGGAGGUGGAAGGUGAGCGCGAACGCCCAGCUAUAACGUUGCCGCUGUGGGCCUUUGACCAGUUCCUCGUGACAGCAGAAGGAGAAACUCCGCCAGAGCUCACUGAUCCAGACCUGCCAAGCAUGGGGCAUAAGCGUUGCGGUCAGAUCCGGGAGUACCAGCGAGCGCUCAACGCCAUCGAGCUGGUCCCCGGGCCCAUCUUCACGUUCUGCUUCUGGGGUGUCAGCCGCUUUUGCGACGUCAUCCAGUGGCAAGCCACUGGCAUUCCCGUCUUCACACCCUUGGACCUGAACCAAUACUGUGGUCGGCCGCCUCUGCAUUUCGUGCUUUACACUCUUACAGAUUCGGCAGACGGGGAGACAAGGCAUCUCCAAUCCCGCAAAACCUACUUCUUCCGGUGUGGAUUCUGGAGCUC